GCAUUUACAUGCGAACGAAAACUUAUUUGGUUAGUCUUUUUAAUUUAACUCCAAUAUAAACACUAUAUCACAGUAAAAUGGCGGACGAAGAAGAUCCUUGGGGUUUUGAUGAAGGUGAUACCGUUGAAUCCGAUGCAAAAAGUCAACAGCCAGGAUCCACUGAUCCUGUCCCAUCCAAGCCAGAAAGUGUCAAAUCUGAGCCGAGAUCUGAAGCUGGCCCUCAGGCAGCCGAAGAAUCGGGGGAGCAAGAAAAUGUUGCCGAGCCGGAAGUUGAAUUGAAGGCACCUCCACCUCCACCAGAAGACGAUGGAUACAGGAAACCAGUUCAACUAUAUCGGCAUUGGGUCAGGCCGAAAUUUCUGCAGUACAAAUACAUGUACAACUAUAGAACCAAUUAUUACGAUGAUGUUAUUGAUUAUCUUGACAAGAAACAAGUGGGGGUUACACGGGAUAUUCCCAGACCCCAGACAUGGGCCGAACGAGUCCUUCGAACACGAGAUAUCAAUGCAAGCGGUAUUGAUCAUAUUACCCUAUCUACAAAGCGGGACAAACAAUUAGUUCAAACAUUAGCUGCAUCAAUCCGGACAUACAAUUACCAUACUAAAGCAUAUAUUAACCAAAAAUAUGCAAGUGUUCUUUAAACAAAUACAUUUGCAAACUUUUCAAUUAUAAAAUCGAUUAGAAUAUUUUUUUAUAGGAUGUGGUUUUAAGAGUUUUGUAUAUACAAUGUACAUAUAAAUAUUAUUUAUGCAUUGAUUAUAUCCCGAUUUUGAUUCAAAACUUUAGUUAAUAAACCCCAAAACCUGUCAAUAGAUUAAGUUACUUGUAUCGUAUAUUUUGACGGUAUAAUU